ACAGCACCUUGGUCGUACCAGACGUUCGUGCCAGUGAUGCAGGCACCUACAUCUGCACAGCUAAGAGUGAACGUACCACACUGGAAGUUCCAACAAUUCUUGUUGUCACUGGUUUGCUUCCACGGUUCACUCAGGCUCCUCUUUCUUACAUGAAGUUGCCAACCAUUGUGAAUGCCUACAUGGGUUUUGAAGUCCAGAUAACAUUCAAACCUGAAAAGGAUCACGGGCUACUUCUGUAUAAUGGCCAACAAGAGGAUGGCAGUGGAGACUUCAUAUCUGUAGGUCUGACCAAUGGCUAUGUGGAGUUCCGCUUUGAGCUAGGCUCAGGAGUUGGAUACCUGAGAAGCCACCAGCCAGUGCAGAUGGACACCUGGCCACUGUUCAGAUCAGCAGAGAAAAGAAGGACGCCAAACUUACUGUUGACGAUCAGUCAGAAGUUACCGGAACAUCUCAGGGACGGAUGAUGGGGUUGGACUUGACUCAGCCUCUGUUUGUGGGGAGCGUGCCAAGCUUCGACAAAAUCUCGCGUGAUAAUGGCUACAACAUUGGCUUCGUGGGCUGCGUGAGUGAAAUCAAGUUUGGCAGCCAUACCUUGGACUUGGUGAAGGACUCGGAGCAAGUGGGCACUACACCAUGUGAACAUGCUCCCUGAACCCAUGCCUGCAUGAUGGCGUCUGCCAAGAGGCACCCACAGAGGCUGGCUAUCGCUGCAUCUGCCCACCAGGAUUUUCAGGGAGAGAUUGUGAGAAGGUCGGUGAGGCCUGUUACCCUGGGAUCUGCGGUGAAGGUCGAUGCAUAAAUCGACCAAAUGGAGGGUUCGACUGCUACUGCCCUUUUGGACGAACGGGCCUUCGAUGUGAAAAAGAGGUGUCCAUAGUGGAGCCUGCAUUUGAUGAUGAUGCCUUUGCGGCAUACCCAACACCUAAGAGCUCCCAGAACAGUCUGAAGGUGCACAUGAAGAUCAAGCCAAACAACCUGGAUGACUGCCUGCUUGUCUACUGUGCUCAGUACCUGACCAGAAAGGAGACUUUACCUCCAUUGGAAUCCGCAUGGAAGUGUGGAAUUUCGUUUUGACACGGGUUCAGGUCCAGCGAUAAUCAGGCAUCCUGAAAGGCUUCGGGCAAAUGAGUGGAUCACUCUGUCUGCAUCAAGGCGUGCUCAGAAUGGUGAACUGGUGGUGAAUGAUGGCCAUAGGGAAGUGGGACGUUCACCUGGUCACACUCAGGGAGUGAAUCUCAACACCCCCAUGUAUGUCGGUGGUGUGGACAAGACCAAAGUCACAGUUCACCCAGAUGCUGGUGUGUCACACGGCUUUGAGGGCUGCGUUGCGCAUAUUGAAGUGAAUGACGUCAGUGUAGACUUGAUAGGUGCAGUGGUAGAUGCAGCAAAUGUGGAUGACUGUGGUGGCAGAGCCCCUUGCGAGAAGAAUCCUUGCCAGAACCAUGGCAUUUGCAGGGAACGAGGCCCCAAAGCAGAUGACUUUGAAUGUUUUUGCAAAGCAGGCUACAGUGGUAGGACCUGUGAGAACCAGGACGACUUCUGUCAGAAAAUUAACCCAUGCCACAACAACGCAGAGUGUGUUGGACUGGCCAACUCAUACAGGUGCAAUUGUCCAAAAGGCUAUAAGGGACCCCAACUGUGAAUCAGAAACCACCUUCGAUGAGUGUGCCAGUUUCCAUGGUGAUGGCUGGGUUGCACUGAGCAGGGACCGACUGACGCACGCUGCAAGCAACGUGUCCGAAGUAAUCACGCUCAGCUUCUUGUCAAAGGACCAUGAUGGACUCCUGCUUUUCCAAGGCCAGCCACGUGGUGUCGACGCCAAGGGCCAAGACUAUCUCUCAUUGGCACUUAAAAAUGGCUAUCUUGAAUUCAGCUAUGAAAUGGGAGGUGGCCCUGCUGAGAUUGUGUCAGAAGAAAGAGUUGAUGACGGACAGUUGCAUGCAGUGGAGCUCAGAAGAACUGGAAAACGGGGCACGUUGAAGAUCGAUAAUAAAGAAGUACAUGGGGAAUCUCUAGGUCUCCUUGUGAUGCUGAACACAAAGGGUGACAUCUUUAUUGGAGGUGCCCCUGAACCAAGAGAAAUGACUGCAGAACGAUACCAUAAGGGCUUCACUGGCUCCAUAAUGAAUGUGCAAAUCCAGGAUUCUGGUGUCCUGAACCUCUACGAUGACUCAAUCAGCUCAGCGAAUGCUGACCAAUGUGAAGAGCAUGUGGGAAGUGGAGACUACUUCAUGCACUUUGGGACAAGCAACAAGUGACCUUCUGCAAAGCAGCUAUUUUCCCAGCCUUUCCAUUAGCACUAUUUUUUUCUCAGUCAUCACACUAGAGCAAGACUGCUUUAUUCAGUCAAGGGAAAAGAAAGCCCAUUUUUCCUGGCCUAGAAACUAGGCAUCAUUUAGUGAUGUCUUUUAUUUUGCUUGCUUGAUUUUUGCACGUGUGUUUUCUUCUUACCAAGGAGCCAUUUUUGCAAAGGCAGUCUAUUUUCUUAUCAUGUCAUUCACUCUAGUCUCCUGUAUUUAUCAGUGCCACUUUGUUUUGGAGCAAGCAGCAUUGUGUGUGUGAUCAUCCUUGUGUCCUGAAGUGGAUGAUAGUGCGCUGCAAGAUCCAAGAAGAAAGGUUCCAUUCUGAGAGCAGCCUUGGAAUCUGUGCUUCAUCUAUGCAUUUCAGUGUUAGCGCACAUGGAGUGUGUUUAGUUCACUCAUCACAGAAUCAUUGCUUCUUCAUUUUGUGUCACAGAACCUUCUUUUUCUGCAAGAUAAGCACACAGCCAGUGUAUCAACAUUCUCGUUUGGCAGCAAUACGACUCCCUGUUAUUACGUAAACUGGCAUGUGGGCUCAAGGGCAUUUGCAGCCAUGUCUCAAACUUUUCAGCAGCAUGGUGUGACCACAAUUUGCUUUUGUGCAUAGCAGUUGUGCCAAAUUUUUGUUUGCAUGAAGGCAUUUCCAAACCGGUGAAUUCCUUCUUCAGCCUCAUCCUUUAACACUUCUUUGCUUCAUUCUCUUACUUACAAGAUGAAAGAAAAACAAUCGUAGCUUUGUGUAUGACACCAGCACGUGACCCGGUUCAGAGCAAGUGCCAACGUGGGUACAGUCAGAAUGUAUAAAAUGGCUUAUUUAUGAUGACAUACUUUUCUACUUUUUUUAUGCAAGCCUGCAGUAUGUAGUAUGCGUGGAUAGAAUGCAAUCAAUCAAAGGCAGCAAAUGUCUUGUCUUGGUUCGUGACACACAAUUUAAGUGUAAGCUAAUUUCACCACUAAAUUGUACCAUUCAGCUGCAGUCAAGGUUCUCAUUUUCUGUCUGUCUUUUGAAUGGUCAGUGUCACUUGUUUUUAUUUAGUAUGGGAUUGAGUAUUCUGAUAUGACAAGUGAUUCAGGUAAAAUAUUACUAUGAGUGUGUACAUAUUCAGGGUGUUGACUGCAGCUUUGGUGGUGCGGCCACUGCCAUUUACAACUAUCAAAUUUUGUUCUUUUUUUGUUUCAAUGUGCUACGCUGCUUAUUUCUAGGUGUCAGCAGCAGCUGCACUUACUUUGUUGCGCCUAGUUUCACUGCUCCGAAAUUGCAAUAAAGCUGAUGUUUGUUAAUGUUUGA